GCAGAAAGGAGAGGCCAAAGAGAGUUGGAGGGUUUCAUGACAUUUAUCUUUUGAUAGGCAGAAAGGAGAGGCCAAAGAGGGUCAACAAGAGGUUGAGUGGGGAAAGAUUAGUUGUGUCUAAGAUGGCGGGAUAUGAACGGAUGACUGUGACUUCAGAUGUGAAAUCAGGAAACAUGGUUUUCGAGCCUAUUCUAGAGGAAGGGGUCUUGAGGUUUGACUGUUCUGCGGAUGAUAGAAAUGUGGCUUUGCCUAGUCUUUCUUUUGUUAACCCUAAAGAUAGAGAGACACCAAUUAUGACUACCGACAAAGCUCCAUCAUUCACUCCUACUUUUGAGUGUGUGCUUGGACAACAAAUUGUUAAUCUUCAGCUUCCUUCGGGUACCUCAUUCUAUGGAACAGGAGAAGUUAGUGGACAGCUUGAACGGACAGGGAAAAGAGUUUUUACCUGGAACACAGCCGCAUGGGGUUAUGGUCCUGGAACUACAUCAUUGUACCAGUCACAUCCUUGGGUACUAGCUGUUCUUCCAAAUGGAGAGGCACUAGGGGUUCUAGCAGAUACAACAAAACGCUGUGAGAUUGAUUUGCGGCAAAAAUCAACUGUAAAGCUUGUAGCUCCAUCAUCAUAUCCUGUCAUUAUAUUCGGCCCAUUUCCUUCAGCAACUGAUGUUCUGAUCUCUUUGUCACAUGCAGUUGGUAACUGUCUGAACCAUUUCAUCUUUUG